CUUCGCGGGGGGAGGAUCGCGUCGAGUCUCGCGGUUCCCAAUGUCGGCGCUCUGAAAUCCGGCGACCGGAAGCUUCCCCGUUAUCGAGAGCUUCCCAGAGGGAGCUUCAACGACCCUAACCUAUAAAUCUCGUAGCCACGUGAGCGAAGAUCGCGACGAUUGACCCGAGCUUCCUCCCUCCUCCCUCGAAGCCUUUUUCCUCAAAAAGGAGCAUUUCAAUUCCGACGCCAAUUUCAAACAUGAGAGUCGCAUCGACGCUGCUCGCAGUCAUCUCCCUGCUGUCUCUUUUCGAUCGAUCACACACCGCACCUGCGCAGUCUUCGGAUAAGGUACUCCUGGGCCAGGUGGACAUCGCCCUGCCAGACGAGGACGUCGAGUUUCCCACGGAAGAGCCCUUCCUCAAGAGAUGCAUGGUCGACGGGAAAUCCUACUCGCACAGUCAGGCGAUACCAUCGUUCGACUCGAAUUCCCACUGCCUUUGCGUGGCUGGCGAGGUUUAUUGCUGGUGGCAGCGAUAUCGCCUCAGCACCGACCUUCCACCUUCCCAUAACUGGCAGGUCUCUACCUUGUCGACGGACAGUAACGAGGUUUUACCUUCAAAUGGGAGCACCGUGGUCGUGGAGGACCCUGGAACCUCGGAUGAGCCCGAAGAGAGCUCGUCGGAAGAGGCGGAAAUUUUCGAAGUGAACCCGACGAACUCGAGCGGGUCGUCUCCCAUGCCGACGACGUGUCUCGUUAUGGGGAGGGAGUACCGAGAAGGGGAGACUUUGCCGCAUUCUACCGGGAAUUGUGUGGAGUGCAGCUGCGGUUCCGAGGGGAGAGUCGAGUGUUCGCCACGGGACUGCGUGGCGCUGCGAUCGCAACUCACCGUCGAUAUCGCGGACGCGGCCGAUGGAGACUUUGAGGUUUUCGAGCUGAAUCGCGAUCGAGGGCUCGACGUGACAUUCUAGGAUCGAGAAUCGCGGGCUAGAUCGCUCGCCUCGGUGGUGCCGUCUCUCUUCUCCUCGCACGUGUAAUACUUCCGUUACGUAAAGGGAGUACCGCGUAAGAAAUUCACUAAAAAUUCGAUCCCGACCCCACGGAAAUGUUUCGAGUCAUGGAACGUGCCUUUGAACCCUUUUCUUUCCCCUUUCCGCCGCGGGUUCGCGCGCGGCACGACGGAAUCAAAAAAAAAAAAAAGGAAGAGAUAGUCGGCGAUAGACCCCAUAGACGUUUAGUCGAAUAGUUAAGGCUCUUUUUAUGGGAAUCGCGGACCGAUUCCACCCCGUCAUGGGGCACUUAUCCUCGAGAAACGUGUAAUGGCCUUAGUUGAAGACCAUUAACAAGGGCGAGACGAGGCUCGUAAUUACGGCGUUCUUUUAGUAGAUGUAAAGAAGAAGAGUAAGCGCUCGUAUGGGGCGAAAUUAGAAAUUAACCAAUUAGAUCGGUCGAAUGCGUCGUUAAGGAGAAAUUCAGGAAAAGCGAUUUGGUCUUAGUCUUGUCGAUCGCGUUAAUUGAAGGGAUCACCAGUUACGGACAUAUCAUUACCGGCAUCGGUGGAGGGAUUAAUUAUUAUUGAACUUGCAUAUCAGUUCCUUCGGAACUAUCGAGCGAUAAAUUACUAUCCAAUGUUGAUCUCAUUAGUUUUACUCGUUUACGUAGCACGUUUAACACUAGAACGACCGGCAGAUAUUUUUUUUUUUUUAUAGGAUGAGCCAUUUGAAACAAGUCAUUUUGACCCGUCUUGGUAGUUUUAGUGUUAGUAACAGUCGUGUCGGUCGUUCUUAGCUUGACGCGACUCUAUUCCAUGUCAGGAAGAACUGAAACAGUAUCGUUUGUAAGGAGGUAACACGGGUUGCAAUUGUACUUAACUAGGUAUAUUACUGCAUACGAGCAACACUCCUCGUUUCCAGUACUUAGAGGCAGAUGAAACGGACAAUUAAACCCUAUAUCAAAGGUUCUUUUAUCGCGCUGCGUUAUCUCCCAUUUAUUCCACGAGAGCAACUUGCGUCCGCGGAGGCGAAUCCAAGGCGUAUCAUUGUUGAAAUCGUGAACAUGGCGCCCGGAAUAAGCGUAAGCAUCUGGAUAGGCAAUAACUUAAACUAUCGCGACACGCUGAUAUACAUAUGCAACAUGAAAUAAUUAAGUAACUAGUCGAAGAACCAAAUGUCCACGGAUAAUACACCUUAGGGAUUAGAGGCGUACGGCUUAGCGGUUAAUUAAUAACAUAGCGAGGGCAAUAUAUUCGUAUUAUGUAAGAUAAGGCGAGAAUUGAAUGGAUUCCAGGGGAAGGAAGGGAAUUCCUGUUCGAUUCGACGAAAAAUGUAGAAUGAGAACGUUCUUCGAGGUCUUUCCCGUCUCUCGGGUCUAUCUAGCCAUUUAGGAGGUUUAAAUUAAUUGUUAAUCGCAGACCAAGUUCUUAGAGACCGUUAGCGACAUGGCGAGGUUUUAUCUAGAGAGAUGCGCAUCGUUUUUACUGCCCCUUUACUGGUUUACUCGAUUCCUUUGUUUCCUAUUAUCAGUCUAGAGAAG